CUCUGACCGAGUUCAGCCCCCAGUGUCUUUCCUUCUCCUCCUCCUGCAGCGGCAGCAUCCGCAGUUAGCAGUGGGCAAGUUGAGGCUGUAACCGGGGCAAGCCCCCAGGGUCCUGCUCACCCGACAGGGGGCUCAGCUCCCCGAAGGGGUGUGUGCAGGGCGGGGGCGGCCAGCUGGGACCAGCUGGUGGCCCUAGAAAACCUCACCCACACCCACACCCACACACCCCUUUUGUGUUGCAGGCUGCCCCUCUGAGAGCGGAGGCAAGCGAGAGUACUCGUGUGCCUCGCACCGGUCCGCGGUGAGAGCAGCGGGGACCAAGACUCGCACCACCUCCAGGUCCUCCUCGCUCCAGGAAAAGAAGGCUUGAGAACACUCGAACAACCAACAUCUGCAGUCUGAUCGGAAGACUCUGCCCCUGCCGUCCAGGAGAGCUCCACCGGGAAAUCUCAUUAAGAUUGAAGAAAGGAAAUUCUGAAAGGAACCAAAAAGACCCAAAUACUCCAGAAUACCCCAGCAGAACAUUUCGCUUGAGCCAAAAAUGGUGAGUGCCAGUCAUCCUGAGGCCCUGGCGGCCCCUGUCACCACUGUUGCGACCCUUGUCCCACACAAUGCUACUGAGCCAGCCAGUCCUGGGGAAGGGAAGGAAGAUGCCUUUUCCAAGCUGAAGCAGAAGUUUAUGAAUGAACUGCAUAAAAUUCCAUUGCCACCGUGGGCCUUAAUUGCCAUAGCCAUAGUCGCAGUCCUUCUCGUCGUGACCUGCUGCUUCUGUGUCUGUAAGAAAUGUUUGUUCAAAAAGAAAAACAAGAAGAAGGGAAAGGAAAAGGGAGGAAAGAACGCCAUUAACAUGAAAGAUGUGAAAGAUUUAGGGAAGACCAUGAAGGAUCAGGCCCUUAAGGAUGACGAUGCCGAAACUGGACUGACUGAUGGAGAAGAAAAGGAGGAGCCCAAAGAAGAGGAGAAACUGGGAAAGCUCCAAUACUCACUGGACUAUGACUUCCAGAAUAACCAGCUGUUGGUGGGAAUCAUCCAGGCUGCUGAGCUGCCCGCCCUGGACAUGGGGGGCACAUCUGAUCCAUACGUCAAAGUCUUCCUGCUGCCCGACAAAAAGAAGAAGUUUGAGACAAAAGUCCACCGGAAAACCCUCAAUCCAGUCUUCAAUGAACAAUUUACUUUCAAGGUGCCAUACUCGGAAUUAGGUGGCAAAACACUGGUGAUGGCUGUGUAUGAUUUUGAUCGCUUCUCCAAGCACGACAUCAUUGGAGAGUUCAAAGUUCCUAUGAACACCGUGGAUUUUGGCCAUGUAACCGAGGAGUGGCGUGAUCUCCAGAGCGCUGAGAAGGAAGAGCAAGAGAAACUGGGUGACAUCUGCUUCUCCCUCCGCUACGUCCCUACUGCCGGCAAGCUGACUGUUGUCAUUCUGGAAGCCAAGAACCUGAAGAAGAUGGAUGUGGGUGGCUUAUCUGAUCCCUAUGUAAAGAUUCACCUGAUGCAGAAUGGCAAGAGACUGAAGAAGAAAAAGACAACGAUUAAGAAGAACACGCUUAACCCAUACUACAACGAGUCCUUCAGCUUUGAAGUUCCGUUCGAGCAAAUCCAGAAAGUGCAAGUGGUGGUAACUGUUUUGGACUAUGACAAGAUUGGCAAGAACGACGCCAUCGGCAAAGUCUUCGUGGGCUACAACAGCACCGGGGCAGAGCUGCGACACUGGUCAGACAUGCUGGCCAACCCUCGGCGACCUAUCGCCCAGUGGCACACCCUGCAGGUAGAGGAGGAGGUGGAUGCCAUGCUGGCUGUCAAGAAGUAAAGGGAAAAAGAAGCCUUUCUGUGUCUGCCCACAUAGUGCUCUUUAGCCAGUAUCUGUAAAUACCUCAGUAAUGGGUCCUUUCAGUUUCCAGCCAUGCAUUCCUAAUACAAUCCAGUGGUACUUCAGAUCCUGUUUUAAUUUGCACAAACUUAAGUGUAGAAAGCCCCUAUGCCCUCAUCACACCACUGCCCUCCAAAUCGACUCUUCUUUUAAGCAAUAUGAUGUGUAGAUAGAGCAUGACUGAAAUUAUGUAUUGUAUCACACCGUUGUAUAUACCAGUAUGCUAAAGAUUUAUUUCUAGUUUGUGUAUUUGUAUGUUGUAAGCGUUUCCUAAUCUGUGUAUAUCUAGAUGUUUUUAAUAAGAUGUUCUAUUUUAAACUAUGUAAAUUGACUGAGAUAUAGGAGAGCUGAUAAUAUAUUAUAUGGUAAAUAGAGUAUCGUUCUGCAUUCCAGCAAAAAUAUCAACUUGAAAGGCACUAGUACAGUUAAACCAACAUCUUAAAGGACAACUUAAAUCUGAGCUUUCUAUUGAAUCCUUUGAGUACCAAGAUUUGCUCACAUGACAUCUUUGAUGGGCGAACCCAAUUUUGUCGAAUUCUUUCACAGGCAAAUAGCAUGACCUGAGCAGCAUCCAGGCUGACCUCAAGGAAGGAAAGCCACAAACCAGAAUAGCCAGAAUAGCAUCUGUCUGUAUGUCUCUGCAAAGCUAAAAUCAUGGCUUCACUCUUACAGUCAAGGAAGCAAUGUACAGGAGCCAAUGCGUUCCUACGACCGCAUAGCAUCAUGGUGGUGGUGGUGUGUGUGUGUGUGUGUGUGUGUGUGUGUGUGUGUGUGCAAGUGUGACCGUGUAUGCACGAGUCUUAUGUGUGCUGCAUGCCUUUGUUUGGGGUUAGGGUUAGGGAGGAGAAGCUGAGAGAAGUCAGCCUUUCUGAAAUAUUGCCUGACUAUUUAAACAGAAAACAAUAGCUCUCCAUUCUCACAUUUAUAUAAAACGUGCAACCUGGGAAUUCUGAUCCAGAUUUCACCCCAAUGUUGAUUCCAAAAGGUAUGCGCGUUGAGACUUUGUAACAAAAUAUUUUAUUAUACAAAACCAGAUUAGAUGGAAUGCAGAAUAUUUUUAACACAGCAAUCUGUGCUUAUUCCACAAAAUUACUUUGUGGUAAACAGACAGUAUUGUAAUCCCAUGAAAAGAUGAAUUAUAACAAUUAGCCAUAGUUCUGAAUGCACUUCGAUUAAGCCAAAACAGACAGCUAGUGAUCUUUUUAUAUGCUCUUUUUACUUAAGUUUUAAUUUGUCCUUUAAACAAAGGUGAAACAAAAACUAAGAACAAGUUCUAGCAAACUGAAGCAACCUCUUAUGUACACUAGAUGCUUGACUUAGGAGGAGAUUUUUAAUGUUCUCAAUGUUAUUCUGUAGUAAAUGGUACUGUUAUGAAGCCACUAGUCAUUCCAUAGGAGUCUUAAGGACUGCUCUGUGUAACACUGUGACUGCCCCGUGUGCUUAGACACGUAGUUUCCUCAGUGGAUAGCACCCAACUUACUCCGUAGUGAUAUUGUAACAAUACUGCCAUUCCCUCUUACUGCACUGCCCAACGUGUGUGUAGCACAAACAGUUCUCAUUAUUAAGGACCAAUUCAGAACUGAACAGCUAUGCAUAGGACAGAAGGAUACAUAGACUGGGGAGGGUGGGGAGAACACACAGCAUUUGUCAGCACUGUGCACUCGUCACAUUUGUCCCGCUGCGGUAGACAGCCACUUCCGGAAGGUGAGCCUGCUACCUAACACCGCUUCUAGACUCUUCUCCCACUUGAUCUGGCGGCCUGUUUUCACCUCCAGGUCACAGAGAACAGCAACAUUCUGAUGGGAGGAAUCAUCUUCACACCUACCAAAAUACAAUGGAGGCAUGCUAAGCAUGGCCUCGUGUUUGAUCUUUAGGAUUUAGCUCCAUGUUUUGGACAAAACUCAAGAGAAUCCCAAAAAGGGCUGUGGGUAGACUUUAAACACGAGGUCGGCUGUUCCUCCUGUACACACAACACAAAAUCCAAACCCUGGUUGUGAUUCUUCCCUCAUUAGAGAUGAGGCAAAGCCUUUGCCCUUCACUCCCAUCACAACACACUCUUUAGAACUAGAACAGACACACAGGACAAGGAGAAAAUCCCUUCCUGUGAAUGAACAGCACAUUUAUGAAGUCACAAGUCAUAAUGUUUAAUGUGGUUUAAACAUUAAAACCACAGAUGAUAGGAAAUACACACUCAUAGGCAAGAUUAAACAGCAAUUCAAACAGGAGACUCAAAUGAGGGGCUUUCCUAUUUAAGGAACCAAGUCCUACCAAAGAGAAGGAGUUGACUUAAAAAAAAAAAAAAGCAAGAAAAAAAAAAACACGUUACACACCAGACACCGGCAUUUCAUUUCACUGUCUCCCGACUUGAGUUGUACACAAUGGAACGACAUUUCCAAGGAAGCAGCUCCCAGCUGCCGAACAGACAUUCCUUCCUGCAUUUACAAGACUACUAGCACAUUCUCUUGCAACACUGCCAACGUGGGAUUGUCACCAUAGAAUUAGUUGGUACUAUAUCAUCUCUCAUGAGCCGGUGACUGGACCUGCUUUCUGACAAAGAUCCAUCCUCUGAUAAGCCACACAUACCUUUCUGACAAUGCAGUGUGAAGUCUUAGAAGCUGAUGCCCUAGAAAGAUCCUAGUUGCCUUUGUGUAUAUUUACUGCCUGCUUGAGUGUUUCUAUGUGUGGGUUCUCUCUGUGUCUUGUAGAAAUGUUGGCGUGUCUUCCGCCAUAAGGCUCGUGGCCUGCGAGCCAACUCCUUUAGUUGUAUUUUUCCUUCAUUUUUUAAGUGGUUUAAAUUCUGUUUCACUUUGUGUAGUGAACCCCAUGGUAGUUUUCUGAUUGUUGUUAAAAAUGACUUAACAUAUUACAUGGACACUCAAUAAAAAUGUUUUAUUUCCUGUU